AUGACUUGGAAGAACAUUACAAAGUCUUUUUUAAAAACAUUUCUAAAACAAAACACGAGUCCUCCAACAUUCUCAUUACUGUCCCUCUUUCCGAUCUUCAUUGUUUUUCUUUCCAGCUGCUUUGAUAAUCAUUACGUAAAUGGUGAUUUGAUCAGUGAUGUAUGUAGGAGUGCAUCGAGAAGUGAUCCACGACUAAAGUAUGAUUUUUGUGUUGCAACUUUUUUAGAAAACCCUGCAAGUAAAGAUGCUAACCUUUUGGGGCUUGGAGAAAUAUCGAUUCAAAAAUGUCUACAAAAUGCAACUUCUAUUCAAUCGAAUAUCUAUAAAAUCUUGGAAGGGGGAAAACAAGGACCAGAUCUAAAGCCAUAUGUAGAGCCUCUAGAGACUUGUUAUUUGGGGUAUGCGGUUAGUACAGAUUUUGUUAGUGAUGCUAUCGAAGGUUUUGAAGCUAAAGAUUAUGGUACAGCUAAUAAGUUCAUGAGGCUUACAAUGGGUGCUGGAACUGGUUGUGAAAAAACUUUUAAGAAAAGUGGUAUUGCUUUGCUAAAAGUAGGUGGAAGAAUGGUAUACUCAACCUGUUCGAUGAAUCCCGUCGAGAAUGAAGCUGUGGUUGCUGAGAUUCUGAGGAGAUGUGGGGAAUCUGUUGAACUUCUUGAUGUCUCUACCGAGCUCCCUCAAUUGGUCCGUCGCCCGGGAAUUAAGAGUUGGAAGGUCCGUGAUAAGGGUGUAUGGUUAGCUUCUUACAAAGAUGUGUCUAAGUACCGCAGAACUGCCAUUGUGCCAAGCAUGUUUCCUUCCGGUCAAAGCUUUGAUGCCGAAACAGUGGUUCCUUCAGGGUUGGAUGAAAACGUGGUUCCUCCUAGCAAUGACAAUGACAUGGAGAAUGUAGAUUCUGAUCAUGUCAACGAGCAGUCCGAGAUCCUUGUGAGUCCAACUGAUGCUUUGGAGAUGGAGGUUUCAGAUCUCCCUCUAGAACGUUGCAUGAGGAUAGUGCCCCAUGAUCAGAACACUGGAGCUUUUUUCAUUGCAAUUCUUCAGAAAGUAUCCCCUCUUCCUGCGGUUUCAAGUUCCACCAAACCGAAGGAAACUUUAACAAACGGGAAUCACAAGUUACCCUUGAAGGUAUCAGAUGAGGUACCCAGAGAAACUAAUAGCGCAGAACCAUCCGCUAUAUCAAAUGUGGAAUCAUCAGAUGGAAAAACAGAGGUUGGUGCUACAGGACUUAAUUCUCGUGAGGUAGUCGAAGAAGAAAAUGAGAAAGAACACACAGAGAAUGUGAAUGCAGAGACGGACACUAAGAAAGCUGGAGGUAACCGGAGGUUGCAAAAUCAAGGCAAGUGGAGAGGUGUUGAUCCAGUUGUUUUUUUCCGGGAGGACACUGUUCUUAGUAGUAUUAAGGAUUUCUAUGGAAUCAGUGAUUCAUUCCCAUUGAAUGAUCACCUUGUGACGCGAAAUACUGAUUUCCAGAGUUGUAAGAGAAUUUACUACAUUUCAAAGUCAGUUCAGGAUGUUAUGAAGCUGAAUUUUCAAGUCGGGCAACAACUGAAGAUAAUAUCUAUUGGUCUAAAGGCCUUUGAGCGACAAACAGUAAAAGAAGAUAGUGCUUCCGAAUGCAUGUACCGUAUAUCGUCUGAAGGAUUACCAUUACUUCUUCCUUACAUCAGCAAGCAAAUCCUAUGUGCAUCCUUGGCGGACUUCAAGCACCUGUUGCAGUACAGGUCUAUCAAAUUUCAAGAUUUUGUCAAUCCUCAAUUUGGCGAGAAGGCAUCAUCGGAGAUUAAGUUAGGGUGUUGUAUUGUUGUACUGCAAACAGAAGAUCAACCUACUUCAAAACCUAUGGAUGCAUCGACAAUAGCUAUUGGUUGUUGGAGAGGGAAGUCCAGUGUAAGUGUAAUGGUUCCAGAAACAGACUGCCAAGAACUUCUUGAGAGGCUUUCUGCACGUUUGGGGUUCGAGAUGGUUCCGGUGAAAGAAAAACCAACAGUUAGGAGAGGAAAGAAAGAUGAUGCUGAAGAGAAGCUAGUGAAAGAACCAGUAGAAGAAGAAGCUAUAGUUGGUUGAGUUAUUGAACAUUUUUCGUGUUUUAUUUUUCGUCACUUUUACUUACCAGUUUGAUUCAGCUGUAUUUGCAAUUAUAUGAUUCUUUUGCCAGAAAUUUGUAGUGAAAUCUGUUAUCAAAUAACUUGCUUCAUCUUGAAUAGAAAAAGUUAGAAACUAGUCUUGAUUUUCGUCAGGAUCUAGACCAAGAUUA